AUGUCGUCAGUAUUUCCAAAUAACUUUAAUAACAAUACUACAAAUAAUCAACUAGUCAAUGUAUCAAUGCUUGUUGAAAAACCAUGUCCAGUAGUAGCGCCUUAUGUAGUAUCAUAUUUUUAUGGUUCACCUAUUGGAUGGAAUGCAGUGGUAUGUAAUUAAAAUUGAAAUCAAAUAGAAGAUAGAAAAAAAAACAUUGAUCUAAUUUUUAUUGUAGCUCGUCGGAUUAUUAUC